CGCCCCGUUCGGGACUGCGGUGCAUGUUCGCUCCCUGCGAGUGCGUGAGGCGAGGAGGCAGGAGGACCAUGAAAAUGAUCCGGUUCCGGAGCUCGAGCAUCAGGUCCCUGAGCCAGGAGAUGAAAUGCACCAUCCGACUGCUGGACGACUCCGAGAUCUCCUGCCACAUCCAGAGAGAGACAAAAGGCCAGUUUCUCAUAGAUUAUGUUUGUAAUCACUACAGUUUGCUGGAAAAGGACUACUUUGGCAUUCGCUAUGUGGAUCCUGAAAAACAGAGGCACUGGCUUGAGCCCAACAAGCCUAUCUCCAAGCAAAUGAAAUCUCAUCCACCAUAUACUAUGUGCUUUAGAGUGAAAUUCUACCCACAUGAACCCCUAAAGAUUAAAGAAGAGCUCACCAGGUACCUUUUAUAUCUACAAAUCAAAAGAGAUAUUUUCCAUGGCCGUUUGCUGUGUGCAUUUUCUGAUGCUGCCUAUCUAGGUGCAUGCAUUGUUCAAGCUGAGUUUGGUGACUAUGAUCCUGAUGAACAUGUGGACAAUUAUGUCAGUGACUUUAGGAUUUUCCCCAAACAGUCCCAAAAACUGGAAAGAAAAAUAGCUGAACUUCAUAAAAAUGAAUUCAGGGGUCAGAGUCCAGCUGUUGCUGAAUUUAAUUUAUUGUUGAAAGCACAUUCUUUAGAAACCUAUGGUGUUGAUCCCCAUCCCUGCAAGGACUCGACAGGGACCACCACGUUUUUGGGAUUCACAGCCAUAGGUUUUGUAGUUUUCCAGGGAAAUAAAAGGAUACAUUUGCUAAAAUGGUCUGAUGUCUGUAAACUGAAGUUUGAAGGGAAGACAUUCUAUGUUAUUGGAAUUCAGAAGGAGAAAAAGGCCAUGUUGUCAUUCCAUACCUCUACACCAGCAGCCUGCAAGCAUCUUUGGAAGUGUGGAGUGGAAAACCAGGCAUUUUACAAGUAUGCAAAAUCAAGCCAAAUCAAGACUAUGUCAAGCAGCAAAAUAUUCUUUAAAGGGAGCAGGUAUCGUUAUAGUGGAAAAGUUGCCAAAGAAGUUGUGGAAGCUAGUUCUAAAAUACAGAGGGAGCCACCUGAAGUGCACAGAACCAAUAUUACUCAGAGUCGCAGCUCUCACUCCUUGAACAAGCAGCUCAUCAUUAAUAUGGAGCCUCUGCGUCCUUCUCCAAAUGACCAAGAGGAGAUUCCAUCGGAUGAAGGAGAAGACCCUGCCAUCAAUUCCCACUUCGUCCAGCAUGACCCCAUUCCUGUGUUCCUUCCUGGAAGCCUGGCAGCUUGGGAAUCUGGUUCUUUCUCCAUGCCACGUGAUUCUCCCUCCCGUGUUCGUGCCCCCAGAUCUCUCGGUAUUCAGCUGCCGAAAGAAGAUGAAAUUUCCAUACCUAUGGUAUCCAAUUCUCCUGCCAAGGAGGCAGACGAUAGCUCAGAUCUUUCUCUUGAGGAGGAAGAAAAAAUCAAGGAGGAUCCUUUAACCAUUUCAGAAUUGGUAUACAACCCAAGCACCAGCUUGCUCCCCACUCCUGUUAAUGAUGAGGAGAUUGAUCUGCUCUUUCAAACCUCUCCAAGGCCAGAGAAUGGGAAAGAAGACGCUGAUUCGUUUGAGGAACUGGAGGCAGAUGAAAAUGCGUUUCUGGUUGCAGAGGAAGAGGAGCUGAAAGAAGCUCGGAAAGCACUUCGGUGGAGCUAUGACUUUCUGGUGGGCAACUUGAAGGUCAAUGCUAUUAUGAAAAGUUUUUCCAGACUUCUUUUUGUUGGGUUUGGAAUUUUGCUGCUAGUUUUCCCUCUUCUUCUUGUGCUCUUGGAGUCAGACCUUGAUAUCUCCUUCCUCCAUGAUAUCCGCCAGACACCAGAGUUUCAGCAGUUUCAUGUGGAAUAUUACUGCCCUUUCAGACAGUGGGUGGCCUGCAAAAUAGACUUUGUUAGCCAUUUGUUUGGCAGCUCUUAAACACUACAAAUAUGUGAUACAACUAAGGGCUAUAUUCAAAAUGAGUGAAUUUUCAGUCAGUGCUGGGGUACUCAUAAACACCCAGAAGGCCAUAAAUGAGUAGUUCUUCAUUUUCACUCCAUAUUAGACUUCCAAAUUCUCCAAGUUUCUUUUGAAUUGUUGAUUUAGCUACAUGGUGGCCUUUCAAUAACCAAAAAGUAAUUUUAUUUUUUUUCCUGCUUCUUAGUUUUUAUGAGUGACUGAACAGAACUGAAAUGUGUUGCCUGUAGCAUUAUAAGCCAUUGUGUGCUAAAUUUAAGCAUUAGCAACAGAAAGAAGGUGAUGCUUUUGAAUAUACUCCUUAGUAAAACAAUCUCUACUAACCAAUGCCUAUACAAAGCAACAAAGAUUGCUGGAAUUUUCUUUCUUGGUUUGGUUUUUCAUUUUUAAAAAUAUUUUUAUCUGUUUACAAGAUUUUGGUAAAUUUUUAGCAAAAAUAACUUCUAAAGAUAUUUAGGUGUACAGAUUAAUAAAAUAAAUGCACAAGGGCAUGUCAUGAAUUUUUAAAAUGUUUUAGCAAUUUUUAAAAAAAUAAAAUUGAAGAAAAAAGUUCUUAGAGAUCAGCACAAGAGGAUGAGAAGAUGGGAAAUGGGCAGAAUAUGCUAGAUGGAGUUAAAUUUACAUUUAAAUGAAUAUGGUUCUGAGCACCAGGCUACAUGUUGGAAAGAAACAUGAGAUUGCCUUGAAUGUUAACACAAAGGUAAAUCGCAAGUAGAAAAUCAAGGCCAGAAAGAAAUGGUUAAACCUUUUUCUUACCACCACUUCUUUUGUUGCAGUCACCCUAACAACAAUUUUCUUAUUAUUUCUCUUUUCCUUUCUUAAUCGUAUGGAAAAACAACCAGGAGAGGAGAUUUGUAGGGGAAAAUCAGUAGGCAUAGAAAUGUUCAACCCCUCCAUCCUAGCUGUUGAUCGUACUCUGCAAGUUCCACGUGUCCCUACAUUCAUGUUAGUUGGAUCAGUGGUGGUCAAUAUAAUGCGUCGUUCUGCCUUGGCAGUUUUAGAGGUGUGGGGAGGUUUGCCACUUCAGUUACUGGUAAGGAAGGGUCUUUGCAAGGCAGUGCAAGUACAGUUUUGUAAGAGGUUAGGGAAUUUUGGAUUAACUGUAGAUUAUUGUACAUAACAUAGAAAUGUGAAUAUUUAAUAAACAGUCUAGGUAGCCCUACUUAAAUACAUAGAAGUUAAAAAUACAGUGGUCUCUAAAAAUAGAGAAAAAUUCCAUGAAAAACUAUCCUGUCCCCCAGAUCCCAUGUAUUUGACAAUAAUGUCUUAGUUCCUGAUGCUAUUUGUUACUGUUUCACCAUGAAAAACCCCAGAGUCAGCAUUUCAGGCAUUAUUAUUUCUUGUGCAUGCUAUCUCUCUGGCUUAAUAUAACUGACAAUGGAUGCACAUGAUUAUUUCUUAAAUGUGUCCCUAUGACAGUGGUGUGUGGUUAACUGUGUUGUCAUGAUGUGUUGGGGAUUUUGUGCCUGUGCAGCUCCAAGUACUUCUAAGAGGCUAUAAAUGCAUAAAACCUCGUGUGUAUAGAGAAGAUCAAGAAGUCCCAUUGUCCAGUUUUCAAAU